AAAAUCAACAAAGAAGUCUUCGACUUCUUAGCGUCGGCUUCGAACAAAUUCGGUAUAGGUUUCUGGAGUCCCGGUUCGGGCAUCAUUCAUCAAACUUUCUUCGAAAAUUAUGCUUUUCCUGGGCUCUUAGUUAUUGGAACGGAUUCUCAUACUCCUAAUGGAGGUGGACUCGCUGGUCUGUGCGUUGGAGUGGGAGGUGGCGACGCCGUAGAUGUGAUGGCUGGCAUACCAUGGGAGCUGAAGUGCCCAAAAGUUAUUGGAGUACACUUGACAGGCAAACUUUCUGGAUGGACUGCCCCCAAGGAUAUUAUCCUCAAGGUAUGCGACAUACUCAAAGUGAAAGGUGGCACCGGCGCCGUUGUCGAAUAUUUUGGACCUGGGGUAGAAUCUCUUUCCGCCCCUGGCAUGGGAACGAUAUGUAACAUGGGUGCCGAGGUUGGAGCGACGACCUCAGUGUUUCCGUACACUAAGGGUAUGAGGGAGUACUUAGAGUCUACUGAACGUUACGACAUUGCCAAAGAAACGGAAAAAUACAAAGAUCUCUUCGUAGCUGAUGAAGGCGCCCAUUAUGACAAAGUUGUGCACAUUAAUCUCGACGAACUGGUCCCUCAUAUAAACGGACCCUAUACACCUGAUCUCGCCACUCCUAUUGACCAGCUAGGAGAGAAAGCAAAAAAGAACGACUGGCCUUUGGAUAUCAAAGUUUCUCUAAUUGGUUCUUGCACCAACUCAUCCUAUGAGGACAUGACUCGAGCUGCUUCCAUCGCCAAACAGGUCAUUUUUCAGUUUUUGUAA